AUGCCUGUACCCUGAGCCAGACUGUACCCUGAGCCAGACUGAACCCUGAGACAAAGUAGAGUUGUGUAUGUGAUAUUAGUGAAUCAUCUUACAGCACCAGACUCAAGAAAGAAAACCAGUAAAACGGUAAACAGCGACGGACUUUUCACAUCUCGGACCGCGAUGGAUCUAAUAAUUAAAGGAAUAAAUGGAAACACAAAACGUCUGCGUGUGGACUGCAAUGCCACAGUUGGUCAUCUGAAGCUGCUCAUUUCGCAGCACUUUGGUGUGGACCCAGUUCAGCUGAAGCUGUCUGCAAAUAAUGGUUUACGAAUCAACCUUGACGAUGAUUCCAGAAGCCUCAGCAGUUACGGUUUGCACUCGGAGUCAGUGGUAGCGUUCAUCGUCACGAUCCCUGGACCUAUGCAGGUGUUUGUGAAGAAUGAGAAGGGCACAACGAGUACCUACGACAUUGAUCCCAAUGAGACAGUGAAUCAGCUCCAGCAGAAGAUCUUCAAUAAAGAAAGAGUCCCGUUGGACCAGCAGAGGCUCAUUUAUAACGGCAAACAACUGGAGUCCGGAAGGAUGUUGAAAGACUACGACAUUACAAAUCAAAGCACCAUUCACAUGACUCUCCGUCUCCGGGGUGGUUAAUCGAGAAGUUUGACCUGGAUCUACAAUCAUCAUCCCCAACAUUCCUACUGAAUCUAAUCUGUAUAUUCUGAUGGAAAAGACCAGAAAUGCAAUAUAACAGUAUUGAAAAGUUUGAAAUAUUUGCACAUUAUUGUCUUAACGUAACAGCAUUUAAUCAUUUGUGACAUAGGCCUAUAUAUGUAUUAUACAUUUAUUGAAUCUUUUAUUGUAAUAUUUAAAAUGUUUUCUUUCAUUGUAAAUAAAAAGAUAAAAACUC